AUGCUGACGCUGGCAGUUCUAACACCAACAACAAACGAAUUGAAACAACUAAUAAAAUCAACAAAACCGCCAAUUGUAAGCGCGCCGCCACAAGUCGCCUAUCGCACUUGCUACGAUGGACGCUGUCAAUGUCGCGGUUUUGUGCUCAAAUGCUAUAUGCAGGGUGUAACUGUGCUUAUAGACAGCGGCGCCGCGGCUAUAACGAAUACAACACGCAUCUCCAUAAACUGUACCGCGCAUACAACAGCAGCAGAGAUACAACGCGCACAGUUAGCGUAUACUUUUUGGCAUCAAAAUGUGAAGUUUAAAAUGGACAAUUGUGUGCAGUUGCACGAGUUGCUGACGCGUCCCGAAAUAAGCUACACAGGUACUAUAAAAAUUAACGCUAACUUGCCGGUGCCGGAAGGUAUGCUGCAUAAUGCGCGCGGACUUCAUCGGUUGCGCUUGGAUGUGGUGAUUGAGCGUCGGACGGCAGUGGUGUUGCCCGCGCAACUUUUGCAUAAACAAAGCGCUCUGAAAGAGCUGAGAUUGGUUUUACUGUGCAAGCCGCAUGAGGUAUCGCUGCCAGUGGAGAUAUUUCACAAGUUCACUGCACUUGAAACGCUCUUAGUGGGCGCUUACCAAACCAAUUUGAAUGGCAUAAAAAAUACAGCGCUACGCAAUUUAACCGCAGCGCAUUUUAGUAAUAUGCCGCUGUUGCGUAAACUCCACUUGAAUGGCAAUUAUAUGCAAACGCUGGCGCCGAAUAUAUUCCACGAGCUCUAUGAAUUGAAUGAAUUGGGUUUAAACUUAAAUGAAUUGAGCGCGCUGCCAGCAGAUUUACUACGCGCGCAAGCAAAACUUAUAAAGCUUGAUCUCGCCGGCAAUGUAUUGGAAACUCUACCGACGGCCAUCUUUGCUACAACGCCGCUACUGUGGGAACUCAGCUUGGCGGAUAAUCGUCUGUGCAUGCCUGCAAAUAUUAUUGCUGCCUUGCGCCCGCUGCGCUACCUCUACAGACUGAAUUUGAGCCACAACUGCUUAGCGCGCAUCUCAGACUUGGGCGUGUAUGACAACCGAACGCUGCUCGAGCGCCGGCAUGUGCGCGCAAUCAACGAGGCACCAUAUUUAAUGCAAUAUCUAGCGGAACGAGAGCCUGUUAAGCGCUUUGAGCGUCCACAUAAUGCAACUGUGAUCAAUUUAAGUCACAAUCACAUAACCUCAUUCAAUUUCGACAUGAUUACUGCAGCAGCAGUGCAGUGCCCAUAUGAGCUUGAUUUCUCUGAAAAUCAAAUUAAACAUAUUUACGCUUUAACACAUCCACGCCGUAGCUAUGGAGAUUGUACGCGAAAGCUGAGCUUGCAGCGCAAUCCAUUGCAGUGUGACUGCGCUUUGGCUUGGAUAUACCAAACUAACUUCUCCAUAGCAACAAUUUGGGAAUGCGCCAGCAGUGAUGCACGUAAAACGUUAAAUUUGUCGCGCGAUAUGUGUGCAUGGAAGCCCCAAUUUUGCCCUGUCGAAUGCAAUUGUAGGUUUGACACACGCGCGCUGCUAAUCAACUGCUCGAAUGCGUCCUUGGAGAGCCUUACCGCAUUGCCGAAGCCUGCGCAGGUUUCACUGGCGCACAGCACACUCGAUAUAACGCUCAAUCGCUUCUAUGAACUACCAUCAAACCUGACAUUCGGCUAUGCGUAUGUGACGCGCUUACAUGCUGCACAAAAUCAGCUCGUGAACGUACAAAGCGCGCACUUGCCACCACGACUGGAAAUGUUGGAUUUGCGUGACAAUCGCUUAUCACAUCUGAGUCGCGACUUUGUAUUGAAAUACUUAAACGAAAGCGCUGCUCUACAACAGAUUUACCUCGCCGGAAAUCCUUGGCUGUGUAAUUGCGACGCCGAGCACCUGCUAUAUGCCAUACGCGCGCACCGUAAGCGCAUACCUGACGCUGCGCUUUUACAUUGCGCAAACCUACAAAAUGUCAGCUUAUUGACGGUGCGUUUUGCAGACAUUUGCGUUCCAGCAUUGGCUGCGCGCGUUAGUCAAAUGUGGCUGCUACUCAGUAUCGCGCUCGCCAUUAUAGUUCUGGUUAGUUUCUUGGCGCUCUACUAUAAAUAUACACUCGAAUUGCAUGUUUGGCUAUAUGCGCACGACAUGUUUCUCUGUUGUAUACGUGAAUAUGAAUUGGACCGGCAUAAAGUAUUUGACGCCUUCAUUUCGUAUCCCACCAGGAUGCAACAUUUGUCAAUGACACACUCCUGCCGGGUCUGGAACAGUGUGAGCCACCAUUUCGUUUGUGCACGCAUGAGCGCAAUUGGUUGGCUGGCGCAUUUAUAGCCGAACAAAUUGUCGACUCUGUGGCACAAUCCCGUCGCACAAUCAUUGUGCUUUCGCAACACUUCAUCGCUUCGGAUUGGGCCCGCAUGGAGUUUCGCACAGCGCAUCAAUAUGUCAAUGGUUGAUAAGGAGUUGCGUGCUUAUUUAGAUAUGAAUACCUAUUUAGAAUGGCAGGAUCAUCCAUGGUUCUGGAGUAAGCUUCGCUAUGCCAUGCCACAUCGCAAGGGUGAAGUUCGCGAUGCCGGCAUGCUUGAGUUAAAUGAGCGUCAGAGGGUUUACGUGAUUGGCGAUGUAGAGAGGAACCAAUUUCAACAACGAAAAGAGUGA